AGGAGACUGGAAAAUAUCGAGCUGUGGCAGCCAGGUACAAUCGAACCGACUGAUGUAUGCGCAUCAGAUUAUCUGUAGCUUUAGUGAGUUAGUGCCUUAGGGGCAGUGGGCUCAUUAAUGCUGACAGAAUGUCAAAGCUUGUACGGACUCUCGCACGAAAGGUGACGGUGUCGCAUCACAUAUGGACUGCAUCCAAUUGUAGAGUACUGUGUAAAUGGCAACAUCUGGAGACGGCUGGGAGUUCGAGCAGUCAGUACCGGGGCUUUCAAAUAUUUAAGAUCCAAACUCUUCAGUCUUUUAGCCACUUGCUGGACCCAGCUACAAGAAAUAGUCUGCUUUUAUGUAGAAGAAAUGCAGGAACCCUUUCAAAUACAAGCUCACUUGAUGAAACAACCUAUGAGAAGCUGGCAGAAGAGACUCUUGACUCUUUAGCAGAGUUCUUUGAGGAUUUGGCUGACCAACCCUUCACACCAGAAGAUUAUGAUGUUUCUUUUGGGUUGCAGAUACUCAAUGUGCUCUGGGCAGCAGCUGAGAAGCAAAACAUGGGGGCCAUCUCAAAUCAUCAAGCAAAAAAUAAGAAUGGUGUACUCACAGUUAAACUGGGUGGAGACAUGGGGACCUAUGUGAUCAACAAACAAACUCCAAACAAGCAGAUAUGGCUGUCUUCUCCCACAAGUGGGCCCAAACGAUACGACUGGACUGGAAGAACGUGGGUUUAUUCUCAUGAUGGAGUUGCACUUCACGAGCUGUUGGCAAAAGAAUUAUCUGCAGUACUGAAAAAUAAAAUAGAUCUAUCAAAUUUGCUUUAUUCUCAUGGGAAUUUGAAAUAGCUUCACUCUGUUUAGUCUACUUUUUUUAUUGUGCCUAUGAUUUCAGUAAAAUGUAUUUUUUCAA